UUAUGCUUGUUUUUAGUCGCUAUGUAUAAUUUGUUUGUAAAUAUAUUCAAUGUAACAAAAUUGAUUGAAUUGAUGAUUUAUAAUAAAAAAAAUCUUUGAAUUAUAACAAACUAAAGACCAUUACGAAUGCCUUAUUUUGGAAUACUACGUUUUAUAAAAAGUGUAGUGCUAUAGUUAUAUAAUGUUUACCUUUUGACAAUCACCUUUGUGGAUCUUCCAAGUAUACGUGACAUUGGCGAAGUACAACGUGCCGAUUUGGCACACCUAAAAGCCAACAAAGCAAAAAAAGAAGAAGGAAAUCUUUUACUGUGGCAGGUUGUAAAGAAUAAAAAUAAUUUUAAGAGCUCGUAACCACAAACUUGAAGAAAAAAAAGGCGAUAUUUGUCAAGGAUGUUACGCAAAUGUUCAUCUGUUGGGAAUGCAGAGCCUUGAUGGAAAGGCUUUCGAGGUUCCGGGAGCAGGCGUGCGCUGCACAAGCCAAACUCACAGAUAUAGCCGAUGGAAAAAUUAACUAUUCUAAUAUAAAAUGCCUAUCAAAAUUGGCAUACUCCUGUGACAAAUGGUGCAAUCAAGUUAAACAUAUUAAGUUGGAGACUCCCAACAACUUUGUGGAUUGUGGACCUGACAUCACGGAUAUUAAAAUUGAAGCGGACACAGACGACGUGCCCUUAGCACAGCUAAGCUAUUUAAAAAAUUUCUGCAUUGAACGAGAAACAGAUGAAUUGCUUGUCGAAAUUCCUGACAAGAAGGAUGGUCUCAAAAAAAAUAAAAGGAAAGUCAAAAUUAAAGAUAAAGCAUCAAUUGUGGAAAUACCAAACGCUAAAGAUGAAAUACAUGACGAUUAUAUUACAAGUGAAAUUUCAAAUGCAGCUUAUGUUGAUAAAGAUAAUAUAAAUUCAUUAACUCACAAAAAAAAAGUAAAACACAAAGAUACAGCAUCUGUUUUAGAAAUACCAAUCGCUAAAGAGUAUAUCAAUGAUGAUUACAUUACAGACGAAAUGUCAGAUGAAUCUGACGUUGGUAUAGAUAAUGUAAAAUCAACAAGUCACAAAAGAAGAUUUAAAGAUAAAGAUACAGCAUCCAUUGUGGAAAUACCAAUCGCCAAAGAUGAAAUAAUUGAUGAUUAUAGUACAAACGAAAUGUCAGAUGAUGAUAUAAAUAUAAUAAAUCAUAAGAAAAAAGUUAAAACGAUAGAUUCAGCGUCGUGUACAGAUUUAUCUCUCGUCAAACAAGAAGUUAAUGAUAAUUUAAAUAUACCUAUAGUAAAUAGUGUAAUAAAAAUAAGAAAUACAAGUGAAUGCCACCAAAAUAUAAUUAAACAUGAAAGAAAAAAAUGUUGGGAGAUCAUUAAAAUGAAUGAUGCAGCCAGGCUCAAAAGUAUCGAUAAAAGGAAAUCGGAGAAAGAUUAUUUCAAUGCGCUUAACAAAUGCGAAUCUUGUAUCGAAAUUUUUGAAGAUUGCGACACUUUGGAGAAACAUAUAUCAGAUUUACAUGUACCGAAACCAAACAGCUCGAUGUGUAAAAUAUGCAAAGUGUUUGUCAGCUGUCCAAAGCUGGAGUGUCACAUAAGAGAGCACUACUUGAAGUACCUAUGUCUUAUAUGUAUGGAGUCGACUUGCGAUAGGAAGAGUUACGCCAAGCAUCUGAAGGCGAAACAUUAUAUGCAGGAUUCUUACAUCGAUGCGCAAUUGAGAAAGCUAUGCGCUGCGCGAUCGGAUAAGGUCAGUCUUACGCACCGUGGGACGAAAGCAAGCGAGGAAAAAACUGAGCCCGAGAUGGGGACGAAGCCGUUGAAAAUAAUGAUAGACGACCCCAAAGGACGUGGCUACGCUUGUGUGGAGUGUCACAAAUAUUUUAAGAAUACGAACCUACGCAGCAAGCACGUUCAAAAGUACCACAGAGAAGGCUUCCAGUGCGCAACUUGCGGGAAAAAGUUCACUUACGCCACAACCUUGCGGAAACACGAAAUGAUACACUGUAACCCGUUACCCCGGGAGCAAUGUCCCGUGUGCGGUAAGAUGGUGCGCGCAGACUUGGCCAAAACGCACGCGCAAACGCACACCAGCAGAGGCCAGUUCACGUGCGUCGCCUGCGAUAAGAAGUUCGUGUCCCGAAACUCGUACGAAUAUCAUCUCAAGUGUUCGAGGAGCCACGUAGAUAGAAUGGCCCUCAAGCACAAAUGCGCAACGUGCGGAAAGGACUACCGGUCGCCUGGGGAAUUGCGUGACCACAUUAACUACACGCACAUGGGAAAAACCCAUCACAAGUGUCCCGUAUGUGAUAAGGCGCUAGCGACCGCACGGUGCGUGACCCGCCACGUCAGAAGAGCACAUCACGGCGUGAAAGAGAACGCCAGAGAUAAAAUAUGCCAGACCUGCGGGAAAGGAUUUACGUGUACAAAGUCGCUACGGGAGCACGAAAUGAUACACACUGGUGAGAGGCCUUUGUCUUGUGACAUCUGCGCGCGUACAUUCCGACAAAAAGCUUGCCUCUACACGCACAAACGGCGUGUGCACAAAGUCGCUCUCAAGAAGAAGCCUAUACAUCACACCGAAGAUAUUGUUGUUAAUAUGGAAAUAAAAAGAAAUAAGGACUGAA